AUGCCGAAGCGCAGUGCACAAGAGAAAUUACAACGCUACGAAAAAAAGAUUAGGAAGUUAUUGGAGAAAGAAGAACAAUUAUUCAUAUAUUUGCUCCNAACUCCUGAAAUUACACUUGAUGCUGAAAUUCUUUCUGCCUUGGGAGCUUCAACAUCUGACGUCCCCGAUUUUGGAAAUCAAAUACACGACAGUUUAGCUAACUUAUGGACCCCGCUUUUAAAAAAAGGCCUACCAAAAGACCAGAAGGAAACUCUUUUCAAAGAAAAGGAUUACUUAAUUCCUAGCAACUGUAAGCUACUGCAGGCGCCUAAGUUAAACGCCGAAAUAUCCGCUGCAGUGUCAGACGUGGUAAGAGGACGCGAUAAAAAGUUUAUCGGCUUUCAACAACAGCUCGGAGCGGGUACCUCGGCAAUAAACAGAGCAAUGGAUACCUUGUUGUGUUCCGAUAACAAAAUACAAGCCUUAAAGUAUUUGAGCGACGGCUGCCGCAUCUUAACCGAUUUACAUUACGCCCUAACAAAGGAUAGGAUCAAAUUGAUUACACCCAGCUUGGAAAAGAACUUUUUACAUGUCAUACAAGACUCUGAGCGAGAUGACACAUUAUUCGGCAAUUCACUAUCUGAAAAGAUUAAAGCCAGUAAGGCAAUUGAACGACAAGGUUCCCAAAUAAGGAAACCAUUGACGAAUCAAAAACCAGCGAAUGUUCCAUCAACUGUUAGUCGCCCUACUCCUCAGGGAAACUGGUCAGGACCUCCUCGGUACCCGUCGAACAGGGGGGGGCGGGGAGGUCAGGGCUACAGGGGCCAGCGACCAGCAGUUCCUCCCAGGCGGACUUACCCUGCUUCGACUUCGAAUCAGCUGAAGGGCUACAACCAGCCCCGACCCCGUGCACCGCCACAGUAGAUCAGGUACACGCAGGCCGAAUUAAAUUAUUCUUCCAUUGUUGGUCUCGUAUAACAAACAACCAAACUGUCUUAGAUUGGAUAAAAUACGGGUAUUCUAUACCCUUUUGUCAGGAAGUGACGCAAAAUAUUGCCCCCAAGUCUAACUUCACUCCGGAAGAAAGACUCGAGAUGGCUGAGGCAAUUGAUAAAUUAAUUGAAUUAGGAGCUGUUUCACAAUGUAUUCCA